AUGCACACAGUAAAGAAGCACUCAGACGGACACAGCAGCACGCCCACAACACAGACCAUUCAAUAUGCAGCCAUUCUGUGCUGUGCGCAGCCCGGGGCAGCAGGCGCUCACAAGUCCAUGUGUAGAACCUCCGCUGCGCCACGGUGUCUGCGCAGCCACUGUCUACUUUCUGUGCACGCCUGCUUGCUCCACUUGAGUGGCCUGGGUCUGGUACUUCUCUUUCUGUCUUUUGAAGAGCACGUUGUCUGCUAG